AUGCAGUCAGGUACAGUAAUCAUUGAAGAUGUAGUUGUGGUCUUCACCCAAGAAGAGUGGGAUUUGCUGGAUCCUCCUCAGAAGAAACUCUACAGAGACGUGAUGAUGGAAACCUUGAGAAACCUGGCUUCAGUCGUUGUCCUUUUGCACCUGUGGACACGGAGACUCUUUGCCUUUGUAACGUUACAUGUGUGUCACUAUGGAGAGAUGCCUUAUGAAUGUAAAGAGUGUGGGAAAACUUUUAGAGAAUCCUCAGACCUGACUGCACAUAGAAUAAUCCACAAUGGAGAGAGGCCCUAUGAAUGUAAGGAAUGUGGGAAAGCCUUUCCUCGACUCUCAAACCUCACAAGACAUAGAAUAAUCCACAGUGGCGAGAGGCACUAUGAGUGUAAAGAAUGUGGAAAAGGCUUUAUUUCAUCCACUGCCCUCACUGCACAUAUGCGAAUUCAUAGUGGAGAGAGGCCCUAUGAAUGUAAGGAAUGUGGGAAAACCUUUACUAAAUUGUCAAGCCUCAAAGCACAUAGAAGAAUCCACAGUGGAGAGAGGCCCUAUGAAUGUAAGGAGUGUGGGAAAGCCUUUAUUCGAUUAGAACACCUCACAAGACAUAGAAGAAUCCACAGUGGAGAGAGGCCCUAUGAAUGUGAGGAGUGUGGGAAAGCCUUUUUCCGAGCGUCAGCCGUCAGAACACAUAGAAGAAUCCACAGUGGAGAGAGACCAUACGAUUGUAAGGAGUGUGGGAAAGCCUUUGUUCAAUUAGAACACCUCACAAGACAUAGAAGAAUCCAUAGUGGAGAGAGGUCCUAUGAAUGUGAGGAGUGUGGGAAAGCCUUUGUCCAAACGUCAACCCUCAGAACACACAGAAGAAUCCAUAGUGGAGAGAGGCCAUAUGAUUGUACAGAGUGUGGGAAAGCCUUUCUCCGAGCGACAAACCUCAGAACACACAGAAGAAUCCACAGUGGAGAGAGGCCCUAUGAAUGUAAGCAGUGUGGGAAAGCCUUUCGCCAAUCGACAGUCCUCAGAUCACAUAGAAGAAUCCACAGUGGAGUGAGGCCCUAUGAAUGUAAGGAGUGUGGGAAAGCCUUUACUUCAUCCACAGAACUCAAUGCACAUAAGCGAAUUCAUACUGGAGAGAGGCCCUAUAAAUGUAGGGAAUGCGGGAAAGCCUUUCUCCAAGCAUCAAACCUCAGAAAACAUAGAAAAAUCCACAGUGGAGAGAGGCCCUAUGAAUGUAAGGAAUGUGGGAAAGCCUUUCUCCAAACAUCAACCUUCAGAACACACAGAAGAAUCCACAGUGGAGAGAGGCCCUAUAAAUGUACGGAGUGUGGGAAAGUCUUUAUUCAAUUAGCACACCUCACAAAAAAUAGAAGAAUCUACAGUGGAGAGAGACCUUAUAAAUGUAAAGUAUGUGAGAAAACCUUUGAUAGUUACUCAUCCCUCUAUAAACAUAUACAAACUCAUAGUCCAUAG